AUGGCGAGGCACCUGGUACACUCUCCCGGUUCUUUCUUCCUCCUCUGCUUCCAUCUACUUUUGGCUGCGCUGGUGGCCACCGCGCAGAACGCGCCAGUGAAGGUCCGCGUCGGCGUCAUCCUGGACUUCAUGUCGCCAGUCGGGCACAAGCGGCGGAGUAGCAUUCAGAUGGGGGUGGAAGACUACUACGCUGCGCAUCCCGGUUCAGCUACGAGGGUAGAGCUCCAUUUUCGUGACUCCGUGAGGGACGUUCUUGAUGCUGCUUCUGCCGCUGUGGACCUGAUCAAGAACACGCAGGUGCAGGCCAUCAUCGGGCCAAAGACCUCCGCCGAGGCCGAUUUCGUGUCCCGCAUCGGCGACCGUGCGCGUGUCCCGGUGCUCUCCUACUCCGCCACGUCCCCGGCGUUGUCCGCGGCGAAGACACCAUUCUUUGUGCGCGCCGCGGCCAACGACUCCUUCCAGACGGCGCCCAUCGCGGCCAUCCUCGUCGCCUUCAGGUGGCGCGCGGCGGCCGUCCUGUACGAGGACUCUCCCUACGGCACCGAUAUCCUUCCGGCGCUCGCGGACGCGCUCCAGCGUGUUGGCGCGAAGAUCAUGGACCGCACGGCCGUGCCGAGCGACGCAACCGACGCCCGACUUGACGCCGCGCUAUACCACCUCAUGGCCAUGCCGACACGCGUCUUCGUCGUGCACAUGGUUUACCCUGUCGCCGCGCGGCUCUUCCGCCGGGCGAAGAUGGCCGGCAUGAUGUCCGAGGGAUACGUCUGGGUCGCCACGGACGGCGUGGGCAGCUUCAUGGACAUGUCCAGCCCCGAGGACGUCGAAGCGAUGCAGGGCGUUGUCAGCCUCCAGCCGUACGUGCAGAUGACGGAUGCGGUCAAGAACUUCCCAGCACGGCUGAGGGCGAGGUCGCGGCGGGAGAACUCAAGUGACGAUGGCGUUGCCGGCUCGAUCUUGAUGAGGCUCUGGGCGUACGACACGGCAUGGGCGAUCGCUGCGGCGGCCGAGACUGCGCAUGUGCCCGGACCGGCGUUCCAGACACCUAAACGGAGCACCAGGCUGACGGACCUGGACCGUCUCGGCGUGUCAGCCACCGGAACAACACUUCUGAAGGCGGUGCUGGCCACGACGUUCGACGGAAUAUCCGGUAAGUUCAAGCUGGUCGAUGGACAGCGGCAGAUGCCGGGGUACGAGGUGUUGAACAUCAUCGGGAAAGGAGCCAGGACGGUGGGUUUCUGGACGCCAGAGUCCGGGAUCUCGCAGGAUCUAGACGCCAGCAGCGCCAGGGAGAUGAAGCAAAUCCUUUGGCCAGGCGAGCCACGGUCCACCCCGAAAGGCUGGGUGGUGUCACCAAACGCGCAGGUGCUCCGUGUCGCCGUGCUGGUGAAGCGCGGCUUCAAACAGUUUGUGGGCGUCUCCGUCAACUCGACAACUGGAGAGACACAGGUAACAGGCUACUGCAUCGAACUAUUCGACGAGGUAAUGAAGAACCUUCCCUACCCUGUGAGCUACCGGUACGUGCCACGGGAUCCUAGCGUGGAUUCUUACGGGAAAAUUGUGGAUCAGGUGCGCGAUCAGGAAGCCGACAUGAUCGUUGGAGACGUGACGAUCACCGCCAGCAGGAUGACCAAGGUGGACUUCACCAUGCCGUUCACGGAGUCGGGGUGGUCGAUGGUGGUGGCGGUGCACAAGGACACGAGCCCGACCAUGUGGAUCUUCGUGUAUCCCCUGAGCGCAAGUCUCUGGCUUGCCAGCCUUGCCUUCUUCUGCUUCACCGGCUUCGUUGUGUGGGUGAUCGAGCACAGGAUCAACCCCGAGUUCCGGGGCACACCAUGGCAGCAGUUUGGCCUCAUCUUCUACUUCGCCUUCUCGACACUCGUAUUCUCACACAAAGAGAAGCUGGAGAGCAACCUGUCGAGGUUCGUGGUGAUUAUAUGGGUCUUCGUAGUCCUGAUCCUGACAUCUAGCUACACGGCGAGCCUGACGUCGAUGCUGACCGUCCAGAAGCUCCUGCCGAGGGUGACCGACGUGAGGGAGCUACAGAGACGCGGUGACUUCAUUGGGUACCAGGAGGGCAGCUUCGUAAAAUCAUCUCUCCUGGAAAUGGGUUUCGCCGAGGACAGGAUGAGGGGAUACAACACCGAGGAAGAGUACGCCGACGCGCUGUCUAGAGGCUCGGCGAACGGUGGGGUCGAGGCGAUGUUCGACGAGAUCCCGUAUCUGAAGCUCUUCUUGUCGCAGUAUUGCGAUGGCUACGCGAUGCUCGGCCCCAUCUACAAAACCGACGGCUUCGGAUUUGUGUUCCCGAGAGAUUCCCCAAUGACGGGGGAUGUGUCCCGGGAGAUACUCACGUUGAAUGAAGCGGGGAAGAUGUCCAAGAUCGAGAAGGCAUGGUUCGGCGAGCCGGGCACCUGCCGGAGUCAGACAAACUCCGUCGUCGGCCUGUCGUCGAACCUAAGCUUCGAGAGCUUCGGCGGGCUAUUCCUCGUGACCGGGGUGGCCUCCAGCCUCAUGCUCCUCCUCUACCUCGCCACCUUCGCCUACCGCGAGCGCGAUGAGCUCCGGGCAGCAGAGGCCACUACUGCCUCCGGGAGCGUCUCGCUGCCAAGGCUGCAGGCAUGGCUGCAGCAUUAUGAUACAAAGGACCUCCGGUCCCCCGUCUUCAGGAUGAACGAUGAGUCCGUGAGGAAUGGCGUCGUCGAGACCCCGAGGAACGACGGAACGACCCCCUUCAGCGAGCGUAUCAGCUCCGAACUCGAGAUGAACGCCACCUCUUCAGAAGAAACACCAACGCAUGAACCAGGGACCUCGUUCGAGCAUGGGGGCGACAUUGCACCGGCUUCUGCAGAGAUGGAAACACAAGCAGCUAGCCAACUCCACUAG